GCGGGAGCCGUACAUUUUACAGAGACGUCAUCACAUGUGCGGCAGCUCACAUGUCAACAGCUGCACCUGAAGCUACGAAGACAGGAGCGACUCCACGGCCGUCAUGAGCGACAGCGAUGACGACGUGCCCACGCUGUCGGCCGAGACGCUGGCCGCCCUGCAGGAGUUCUACAGUGAGACCAGGAACGGCCUGAGCCAAGACACAAACACCUCAGACAAGUUCUGCGUUGGAGCGCUGGAGGAGGACUGGCGGAUGAGCCAGUUCUGGUACAGCGACGACACGGCAACACGGUUAGCAGAGGAGGUCAUACAUGAAGCCGGGGAGGGAGGCAGGAUAGCGUGUGUGAGCGCGCCCAGUGUGUACCAGAAGCUGAGGCAGGGCGUGGUGCACGGCUCGGACCGCGUGUCCGCCGUGGUGCUGGAGUACGACCGCCGCUUCGCCACCUACGGCCACGAGUUCAUCUUCUACGACUACAACGAGCCGCUCUCUCUGCCGGAGGACGUGGCGCCGCACAGUUUCGACAUCGUCCUCGCCGACCCGCCCUACCUGUCAGAGGAGUGUCUGAGCAAAGUGGCCGAGACCGUCAAGUACCUGAGCAAAGGCAAGGUGCUGCUGUGCACAGGAGCCAUCAUGGAGCAGCACGCCAAAGCCCUUCUGGACGUGAACAUGUGCAGCUUCCUGCCCAAACACAACAAGAACCUGGCCAACGAGUUCCGCUGCUUCGUCAACUACCCCUCCCGCCUCCUGUCCUGCUGAGGGCCCCGCCCGCACCGCCACUCACGUCCGGUCAGCUGACAGUCGUGAAGCCCAAGCUUUCCAUAAAUUAGAAAGAGACACUGAUUGGUAGCAGCGGCCCUGGAGCUGGUCAGGAGUCAGUGCGCUGCCCGGGGAUAGCUCAGCAGAGAGGAGGCUCGCCGACAUCGAGGAUGGAGGCCGAGUCGCCUGGUGGAGGGACGGUCCCUCUCUACGCAACGUCUGACCUGGACAAAAAGUCUCAGGCGGAAGAUAAGAGAUGGGUGGAGUUCAGAAACACCCGACAUGACACGGCUCUGUAAAUUCACCCUAACAAUCUGGGAUCAUUCAGAUAUAGUGCUGUAGAGGAACACGUGAAAUCAGGUCCCACAGCACGGCCCCCUCACAUUGCCUUACAGUUUCAGAUGUUAGGGUCACAUGUAUUAGUACUACAGUACUCUUGACUACUUGUUAUUUUGAUGCAUAUGUGUUAUUUGACAAUGUAACAAUGAUAAUAAUGAAGUAAAAGACAACAUAAAAACUGUCUCAGAUUAUUCCCAGUAAUCUAAUUAAAGAGAGGAUUACAUAAAACAGGUUUUCCUAUUUUGUGAAUAGCUGCUGCAGUCUGGGAUGGAAAUGAUGUUAAAAGACAAGCUGCUACUCUUUAAUGACAUCCCCUGAGGUUAAUGAUGUCAUAACCAAAACAAGCCAAUCAGAACAGACCCCAGUUCCUUUGUCACAACUGGGCCUCAUCAAAAGUCAAAAUCAACCAUUAAUGUAGAAUCCUAAAUUAGCAUCAGCCCGUCCAUACCUAAGCAGUCCUGUAGGAUGACUGUUA